UCCCAAAUCUCAGAAAUUUCUUCAUACAAAAUUCAUGGAAAUUAGGGUUUCUUUCAGAUUGAGAAUUUCUUCUUCUUCUUAGUUUUAAUUUUAAGUUAAUUCAAUCAUCGUCGGAAUGUCGUUUCGAUUUCUUCGAAGGAAUACGAAUCAAUUAGAAGGAAACGAGAAUGAUUUUGAAAGCAGUAGUAAUUCAAUUCUACUACCUCCGUUGAGAGAUCCAUUGUCGGAUAACAGAUCUUGGAGUACUACUACCAGUAAUAAUAAUGGAACUCCAAGAGCUAGUGGUGGUGGAGGCGGUGGUGGUAAAGGGAAAUUACCAUAUUCUGAACCAAAUUCAGCUCAAAGUACUCCUUAUAGGAGUCUUCCUAAGAGUGUUUCUGUGACAGGAUGCGUUAAACCUCAUCGCGGUGGUGAUGUUGGAGCCAGAGGAGGAGGAGGGAGUCAUCCUAAAGUUUGUAGAAGGGUUUCAGUUGUGCCGCCUGAGAUAUUGCCAGUGGAUGUUCAACAUUUUGAGCUUGUUGAAGAUCCAUCUUUCUGGAUGGAUCAUAAUGUUCAGGUUUUGAUAAGAAUUAGACCGAUUAGUAACGCAGAGAAGGUUACUCAAGGGAAUUUCAGAUGUUUGAGACAGGACAGUGCGCAUACCCUAACAUGGCUUGGGAAUCCUGAAACUAGGUUUACUUUUGAUCAUGUUGCGUGUGAGACGAUAUCGCAGGAGAAGCUAUUCAUGGUUGCUGGAUUGCCCAUGGUAGAGAAUUGUAUGUCUGGGUAUAAUAGUUGUAUGUUUGCUUACGGUCAGACGGGAAGUGGUAAGACAUAUACUAUGAUGGGAGAGAUACAUGAAAUGGAUAGAUAUCUUAAUGAAGACUGUGGAAUGACUCCUCGUAUUUUUGAACAUUUGUUUAUGAGGAUUCGAGAUGAAGAGGAGAACCGUCGCAAAGAAAAUCUAAAGUACAGCUGCAAGUGUUCCUUCCUUGAGAUUUACAAUGAGCAAAUAACUGAUCUCUUGGAACCCUCAUCAACUAAUCUUCAUCUUAGAGAAGAUAUAAGAAAAGGCGUAUAUGUUGAAAAUCUUACCGAACAUGAAGUUACCACCGUUAAGGAUGUUGUCGAGCUUUUAUUACAGGGUGCUGCCAAUAGAAAAAUGGCUGCAACAAACAUGAACAGCGAGAGCAGUCGCUCCCAUAGUGUUUUUACCUGUGUCAUUGAGAGCCGAUGGGAAAUGGAUUCCACAACUCACCUAAGAUUUGGGAGGUUAAACCUUGUAGAUCUUGCUGGUUCAGAGAGGCAGAAAAGCUCUGGUGCUGAAGGAGAGCGCUUAAAAGAAGCUGCAAACAUCAACAAAUCACUUUCAACUCUAGGUCUGGUGAUCAUGACUUUAGUAGAUCUAGCGCAUGGGAAACAUAGACAUGUCCCAUACCGUGAUUCUAGACUUACAUUUCUGCUUCAGGAUUCUCUUGGUGGAAAUUCAAAAACAACAAUAAUCGCCAAUAUCAGUCCAUCUACUUGCUCUGCAAAUGAAACGCUAAGCACUCUAAAAUUUGCUCAACGUGCCAAACUUAUUCAGAACAAUGCUAAGGUAAAUGAAGAUGCUUCAGGUGAUGUGUUGGCAUUGCAGCGACAAAUACAACAGUUAAAGGAUCAGUUGUUUGUGCUCAAUCAUCAAAAACCAUCAAGGGAUCUAUCACUUUGCAUGCCAGAUUCUGAGCACUUUCAGUUGGGUGAUGAUGUUCAUGAAACAAACUAUUCCACUCCGAAUAAAAGAAUUCCUAAUUUCCAGAAUAGUAUAAGCAUUACAAAAAAGAAGAUGAAAUGCAUUGAAACAACUUUAACUGGUGCCCUGAGGAGAGAAAAAAUGGCUGAAGCUGCAGUUAGCAGAUUAGAAGCUGAAAUCGAACACAUGAAUCGCUUGGCGCACCAGCGAGACGAGGAUGCUCAGCGUACUAAAAUGAUUCUAAGGUUUCGUGAGGAGAAGAUUAAAAAGAUGGAGUCGCUUGCAGAUGGAUUAGUGACUGCCGAUGAUUUUCUCAAGGAGGAAAAUGCCGCAUUAUACGAAGAGAUUCAGUUGCUUCAAGCAAGAAUUGAUAGAAAUCCAGAAUUAACUCGAUUCGCAUUGGAAAACAUCAGACUCCUUGAACGGCUCAGAAUGUACGAAGAUUUCUAUGAAGGAGGGGAGAGAGAAACUCUAUUUAGUGAAAUUUCCGAACUGCGUGAUCAGCUCAUGGAAACCUUGGCGGGGCAUUACCAGCAGCAGGAAAUAUCUUCAGGAGCAAAGAUUAAGGAACAUGGCAGUCAAUCCAAAAGGGAGUUGGAAGAUUGCAAGAGAAAUUUAAAUGCAUGUUUGAAAAUCAAUGAUAGCUUGAAUAGGGAAGUUGAUGAAUUGCAGAGGGAUCUCAACAAGUAUCUGAACCAUAGCGAAGAUCCCUUUGAUUCUGUAGCUGAUUCCAUAUCCAAGGAAGCUGAGACAAUUAAACAGACAGAACAGCAAUCAUCUGUUGAGAUUGUAUCCGCCAGAACAGAUUUGGAUGAGACUAGGUCCUAUGCUCGAGAGGAUGAUGAGGUUCUGAGAAAACAUGAGCUGAAGAUGGAUAGUACUUUAGCUCUUCAGCUUAGUGAAACCGAGAAUGAUCUGAUGGAAGCAAGGUACCUGAUUGAAGCGAUGGAAUCUGAGCAGGUACGCUUAAUUGAAGAGCUGGAUAUUCUACAGAAGGAGAAUUCAGAAUACUUAGAAUUACUGAGAAAUGGAGAAUUUGGACACACGCAAACUAAGCUUCAGCAUGAAAAUCCAUGUGAACCUUCAGAGGGGGACCAACUAAUUAAGAAUCCAGCUCAACUUAAUCGUACCUUGGCUACAGAAGACAAUGUUGCAGGUUCAGUUUUACAGUGUAAGCUGGACAGAGUGAACAGGGACCUUGAGGAGGCCAGACUACUAAUUAGGCGGUAUCAAGAUGACCAUGAAUCAAAGCAACACCAAGAGAAUGAAUUCGAAGAAAUCCGUCAGCAGGUUGAAGUGGAGACAGCAAAAGCAAUUCUUGACUUACAAGACAACCUCACCACACUACAACAGGAACUCCAGGACAAAUUAUGUCUUACUACAGAAGAAAAUAUGAGACUGAGAAACAGUCUUUCUACCAGAGAAGAUGAAAUGAAAGUAUUGACUGAGGAAUGGGAGAAAGCGACCUUAGAACUAACAGCUUUCAUUACAGAUGGUUGUAGAUCCCUUGAGGAUGCUUCUGAUCAGGUGCGGGUAAUUGCAAAUUAUUUUCCUGAGAGUGAAGUUUGGAUUAGUGAACAUGUUGAGAUGGCUGCCAAAAGUUUUUUGGAAAAGGAAAAGACAAUCGAACAACUACGGAAGAACCUAGAAGAUGCACUGAAAAUGGGUUUGGAUAUGGAGUUGAAAUUGAGCUCCUUGAAGGGAGCAACACUGGCUAUAACUGAUGUUCAACAGCUAGAAAAGGAUGAAAAGGAUAGAGAAACAAUUUUGUUACGUUCACAAUUGAGAGAGAAGAUUCACAUGAUACAGGAUCUCGGAAGUGCACUUCAAGUAAAGGAGGAUGAGAUUAUCGAUGCAGAAAAACGUGCUGCUGCUGCAUUUGUUAUUGUGAAGAGGCUGUCUGAUUUUCGGAGAGCUGAAUGUGUAGAAGUUGCCGAGAAGGAAGAUCCUGAGUUAAAGUUGCCUAUUUCUGUUGAGCAGGAUAAAAACAGGCUCUCCGAGAUUAGAGCUGAAGAAAAUAUCCAGAUCAUAGAAGCUAUUAAGGAAUCUGAAGAAGGAUGCAGGGACACAAGAGAGAUGCACUUCAAUCUCAGCAGUGCUAUAUUGGUAGCUGGUGAGAAGAUUAAUGCAGCUACAGACUUCUUUGUUAAACUAGAGGAGGCUCAGGCAACAAUGCAAGAAGCUGAUACUAUGUUAAACACAUUGCUGGAAGCAAAUGAAAAUGCUAAACUCAUGACUGAUAGGUGGAAGCAAGCAGGAAAGAGACUGAAGAAAGAGCGAGCCAGCUUGAUUGAAGAAGUACGGCGGCUCACAGCUACUGUUUGUCUACAACAAGGAGAAUAUGAAUCAUUGGAGGGCCAAUUCCAUUCAAGUUUAAUAGAAAUAACAAACUCAGUCUCUUCGUUGGAAAAUUUUGUUGUCGAAAUGCAAAAAGAUGUAGAGGAGAAGUUCAACUUAGUAUAUUCUGAUAUUUCUUCUUUAGGAAAUGACCUACUGGACUGUGUUUGCAACUCAAGAUCAUCGCUGGAAGAUAUUUGGUCCGACAUAAUGGAGAAAGGAUUUUCUUUAUUUGUAAUGUACCAGUGUCACAUAAGAGGAUCGUUAGAAAAAAUCUCGAGCCUUAGUUCAGAAGCUCCCAAUCUCCAGCCUGGAGAGAAAGGUUGCAAUUCCAUAUCAUACGAUGUCCAGGAAAGAGGCUUCGUGGAGAAAACUACAUGUUUCAAUGGUCCAAAUGGAAUAAAGGAAGCAGAUCAAAGUUUUGAAGCUCUUUGUGAAGUAUCUAAUCCAGGAGACAAUAUGGACCUCAGAUGUUCCUUGGGAGAAAUGGAAAAAUCCAAGGAAGAAAAACUGGGACUAACACAAGAUAAUCUGACAACUGAGAAUGAUUUGCUAAAACAAGAAAUUGCUCGAAAAGACAUUCUUUUGAAAGGCUUGCUCUUUGAUCUCAGUCUGUUGCAGGAAUCUACCUCCAAUUCCAAGGAUAUUAAAGAUGAGACUGAACAAAUGUUUGCAACUCUAGCAGGAAUUCAAGAAGAACUAGCUGUGAAAACAACUCAGCUCGACAACAUCUUGGCUCAAAAUAAAAAACUCGAAGAACAACUGGCCGAAACUGAAGCUGCAUUAAUUAUGACAAAUUCCAAAUUUGAGCAAGUUGAAGAGGUACAAGAUGAUUUGAUGAGCCAAAAUUCUGAACUGAAAUCUCUUGUAGACGAUCUUUUUACUACAAAAGAUGAUGUAGAAGGACAACUGGAAGAAAAAAAAGAAAUCAUCAAAAAUUUGGAGGAAGAGAUCCUACGCAUGGCUUUUAAAGUGGAGGAAAAGAUUCUGGCUUCAAUUGAGGAUAUUGAGGAUGAACUAAGAGCAGUCUCUGACGAGAGGGAUAAUCUCCGUGAAGAGGUCAUCUCCCUGAAUGAUAAGCUUGAGAUGGCAAAUGCACUUGCAGAUGAGAAUGAGGCUGUUGCUGUUGAAGCUCGGCAGGAAUCAGAAGCAAGUAAAUUAUAUGCUGAACAAAAGGAGGAAGAGGUUAAAAUUCUUGAACGUUCUGUCGAGGAGCUUGAAUAUACCAUAAAUGUGAUGGAUCAGAAGGUGCAUGAGAUGGGCGAGGAGGUAGAGAGAUACCGACUGAGAGAUGAUUUGCAACAGGAAGUCCAAGGUUCGCUACAUAGAACAUUGACUAUUGAGAACACUAAACAAAAUAUGGCAUCUGAAUAUUCAGACGAUGAACGGCAAAUGGAACAUCAGAUAUCAAGGCACCUGGAUGAUCAAACUCUGCAGCCUCAUGAGUAUAGAGACCAGAUAAGAAUUCUGGAAAAGAAAAGAGCAGAACAGGCUAAAGAGAUCAAAGAGUGCAGAGACUACAUCUCCGAACUGGUAUUGCACGCAGAUGCUCAGGCGUCCCUGUACCACCAAAAGUACAACGAGUUGGAGUCCAUGGUUCGUGAAGUGAAGAAAGACUCAUCAGCCUCCACUUCUGUGGCAUUACCAUCAGAAAAAACAGAGAAAUCAACAAGGCCAAGAGGAUCUAGCUCACCUUUUAGAUGCAUCCAGGGUUUGGUUCACCAUGUGAGCAUAGAGAAAGAUCAAGAGUUAUCAAUGGCCAGACUUCAGAUAGAAGAGCUGCAGGCAUUGUCGUCCAAACAACAAAAAGAAGUAUGCGUGGUAAAUGCUAGACUUGCAGCAGCUGAAAGCAUGACACACGAUGUGAUUAGAGAUUUACUUGCUGUCAAACUGGACCUCACCAACUACGCAAACUUGAUAGACCAGCAUGAGGUUCAGAAGUUGGUGGAACAAGCUCAGAAACAAACAGAAGAGUCCAUUGCAAAGGAGCAAGAAGUUAUGAAUUUGAGGAAGCAGAUAAAUGAUUUGUUGGAGGAAAGACAAAGCUACAUCAAUGAAAUAAAUCAAAAGGAAGCAGAUAUAUUAUCUACGCAGCUCAAAGUUGAGCAAUUAAGAGAACGAGAUCACAUGCUCAAAGCACAAAAUGAAAUGUUAAAGAUGGACAAAAACAAAUUAAAGAGAAAGGUGAUGGACUUGGACGAAAUGAUGAAGAAGCAGUUCGAGUCACAGAAUUCCCAACAAAGGGCUCAACAGAAGAUGAAGGGGAAGGAAAACUGCUUCUCAAGGGAUGGUAAUGCGGAGUUUAGCAGGAGGGUAGGGCAUUCAGAUAAGCUCUUAUCUGAUGUCAACAAUGACCUUAAUUAUUACCAGAAACCUUCUAGCCGACAUCAAUACGAUGAGGAAAGACACAGAAACAGAAGACAGGAACACGAAGAUGAUUACAAUUAGCCCAAGCAAACCUUGAAAGACAACAUCUUCCUGAAAACAAUUAGCCCAAGCAAACAAUAAAACCUUAAUUAUUGUUCAUAUUUUUUGAAGUUCGGAGCACACGUUUACUCAGUGAAUGGUCUUUCAGCUGUUGGCCUUUUGAAGAGAGGGUUCUCCAACAAGAGUUUCAAUUGUAAAAAAGAAAAUCACGCCUAGCAACUUGUAGGCAUAAUUAUAGCAAUAGUUAUAGCAAUAUUUUGUGUAUACUAGUUUAGUACCACUAUUUAUGAUUUUUUGCAAAAUGUUGUAUUGCUGCUGGAUUUUGGUUGUG